UCAAUCAAGUGUAUAAACACAUCAGAGGUAGCAAAUCUGAGCAUAACAUUUGUAUGGAUUAACACCCGCAAUCAGGCAAUGGUGACAUUGUUCGGAAUCGUCAGGGAGCGCUACACAAAUGUGUCAGACUACAGUCAGCUGGUCAGACCCGGUCAGGCAUUUCUACCGCAACAAAUUCUUGUCGGUGGACAAUUUAACGCGAAGCAUAAUGACAUCAUGUCUCUGUUCCGGUUCAACGUCACGUCAACACAGUCCGAUUGGGUGAACAUGUACACCACUCUUGCGGAAACUAUCGCAUUGUGUCCCAUAGUCGUAAUAUUGCUGAGUGGAGUUGGUUUUGCAAUGGUACAGAGCGGAGCAUCCAGAGUGGAAAAUGCAGCCUUCCCGUUCAUUAACAACCUGCUUACAAUGGCCCUUUCUUCCAUGUCGGUCUGGAGUGUUGGUUACGCCAUAGCGAUGUCCGAAGGCAGCUCUGUGAUCGGGUUUGGCCAAUGGUUCAGUCAUGAAUUCGAGACCCAAUUCUCCUCGCACUGGCUCGUGCAAAUAUGUAUAUGUACGACAACGGCCCACAUCGUCACUGCCGGUGGACUGGAGAGGUGUCCGCUACACGUUUACUGCAUGCUAGUUCCGGCUAUUUCAGGUUUUGGAUGUAGCCUGGCCAUAAGAUGGGUGUGGAACUCUGACGGCUGGAACCAACUGUACUGCCCAUUCGGAGGCGUCGCUUACAGGGAUUACGGAGGAAGUGGCGUCAUACACGUUGUUGGCGGGGCAUCUGCAUUAGUGCUCACCUACGUCAUCGGUCCGCGAUAUUCUCGUAUCCGGCGGAGAGAUGCAGGAAUCUUGUACACUGAUCUGGCUGGACACUCAAUUCCGCUAGAAAUGUUGGGAUGGUACCUGACCUUCAUCUGCCUUCUUUGCUGCAACUGUAUGCGCGUCACUGUCACGUGCAUCUCGUGUCAGACAAUCGCGCAGGUUAUCUCACGUGCUGUCAUCAAUAGCCUUAUUGCGUCAGCUACAACGGCACUGUUCAUUGUGAUAAUAACGCACAUUAUAACUACUUUAGUGGGCAGACACAAGUUUCACUACCUGCCGUCAAGAGUGCUGGCAAACGGCGCCAUAUGCGGAUUGGCAGCUGUAGCGGCAGGCUGCAAUGUUUACGCGCACUGGGCGGCUUUCGUCGUAGGCGUGACGUCAUCAUUCGGGUACCUGUUCUGGAGCGAACUUCUUCACUUACUUAACGUAGAUGACCCAGUUGGCGCUAUAGCUGUCCACUUUGGCGGAGGCCUAUGGGGAGUGGUAUGCGUACAGAUAUUUGCAGAAGGCUCUGGGCUCCUUUUUGCAGACAGUUCUAGUCAGGCGGGACUGGCUCUCCUGUGGAACGUAUUGACUGCGCUGCUACUUGCAGUUGGUUCGGGGAUAUUGACCAUUCUGGUGUUGCAAGCGCCCAGGAUUCUACACACCAUUCCUCUCGCAUACCGCCAAGAGUUACAAGGUUUGGAUCAGUUGUCUCUAAAACAACAUGCGUACCCAGACGGCAGCAAAGAUACCCCGUUUAAAACGGAAGUCAUUGAAGAUAGCGAAUGCUUUGUCAACGUGACUUCUGGUUCGCCGCAGUCUCCAACGAUGUCUGUAACGUCACCGACGUCAUUCGCGUUGUUUAAAUCACCAAACAGGUCCAAACUACCUGGGAAUAUUGAUUUAUUCGCACCUUUUCACAGCGUGAGUGCUACAGACGUAAGGUCGCUGCUUCGCUCACCUGGGGUGAAAUCCCUGCCUUCAUUUUGCCGCUCUCCGGGUUACCUUGACCGAAGGGUGUGGUUCUACAGCGACCAAACCUUGGUCCAAAACCAGGUGGCCCCUGGUUCUCCUGUCAUAGACUAUCCACAAGAUGGAGACCCAUACAGGAUUAAUUUCUGCGUCCAAUUAGACCGGGUACAUGGAAAUCGCUGCACAGUUGAUGACGUUAUGGCUUUUCAAAGCGAGGCACCCUGUUUUCUGGUGAUUAAUGUGCUAUCCUGCUACCAAUGAUGUGAAUAUGUCAUCUUCCAAAAAGCAUCCCAUCUGAAAAAACAACAACAAUGAACAACAAAAAAGGCAGACAAUAGUGAGAGAUCGACAAUAUUCCUUUUGUUUGGUAAAUGCAAAAUAGCGGUUUACUUUAAACUGAAAUGCAUACAAGUGUCUAGACACAUACGAGAUAUAUGAACUUAUCGGGAAUUUUUUUUUCGCCUGCUUAAGGUAUGGUGAAUAGAAGAAAAAGGAAUUAUAAAACAGUAUACACUUUGUUUAACUGGUAUGUAACAUUGAGACAGUAUGCGUAUCGCAAAAUAGUAACAUUUGAGCAAGACACACAUUGUGACGAAUACGACAACAAUUAUAUACAAUACUUGGCAAGAUAUUUAAAUGUAUAUUGUAACAAUAGAAACACUCGUAAACCGUCAUGCUAUUGUUUUUACGUUUAGCAGGCAAACUACGUUUAUUCAUUAUACUUUUGUAUUUUUGAGAUCAUAUUCUUUCGACGAUUGAAAAGGAAGACAGUAUGGUUUUCUAAAAGAUCUAAGUGCUAUUCACCAAACUGAAAUGCCGAUGUGUAGAAAGAAAUCACAAAAUGAUUUUUGGUCUGUUUGGUAUAAUUUCAUUUUAACAGCAGUAACAGCUCAACACAAUUGACCUUUCACUCAUGAAUUAUGUUCGCAUACAUUUAUCAAAAGGCAUGUUUUCCAUACUUGCAUUUGGUUGUGUUCAUGCUGAUUUGACACGCGCAAAAUAUACCAUAACAUUAUAUGAGUCGUGUUCUGAGGAAACUGGGCA